AUGGCAACUCUCGACUCCGACGUGACUAUGGUUCACGCCGGUGAAUCCUCGAACACCGCCGCUGCUUCAUCCUCCUCGAAGAAGCCUAAGAGGUUUGAGGUGAAGAAGUGGAGCGCCGUCGCGCUCUGGGCCUGGGAUAUUGUUGUAGAUAAUUGCGCCAUCUGCAGGAACCACAUAAUGGAUCUGUGCAUCGAAUGUCAAGCUAAUCAGGCGAGUGCCACCAGCGAGGAAUGCACUGUUGCUUGGGGGGUCUGCAACCACGCCUUUCACUUCCAUUGCAUCAGCAGGUGGCUCAAGACCCGUCAAGUGUGCCCUCUGGACAACAGCGAAUGGGAGUUCCAAAAGUAUGGACAUUAA